GCUUUACCUGCUUCCCAGGCAAGGUGCUCUCCGUCGGAACAGUUUAAUUCAGUUUCUUCGAGUCCAAGGUGCAGCCCAAAUACGAGCGGACGGGAUUCAGGUGCUGGUUCACCUCGCGGUCUAUUAGUUUAUGAUUUUGUUAACGAAGGUAGUUCUGGAGAACUCGACAGCGCGUGUAGAAAUGCCGCCUUGGAAGAAAGUCAUUAG